CUCUCUCUCUCUCUUUCUCUCUCAGAGUCAGCCAGGCAAGGAGCCAGACACUUUCCUUUUUCAGUUCUAUACUCUUCUCUUUAUCGACAGUGUGGUAGCUCAGAGGAGGCACUCCUCCCUCUUCUCUUCUCACAUUGAUUUCCUUGAUGUUGCCCAGGCAUUCUGAGCACAUUUCAUAUCUUUGGCAGACAAGUCAACUAGACGGCUCUUCGUUUUCCUGGUCUGAUGACUGCAGGUUCUGUUGGCUCCUAUGAUUCUGAAGAUUUCUCUUUCUGACUCUGGAUGUUUCAGUAAGUAAGGGUCAGAUUUGGUUAAUUGUAUCAUUUUCCAUUCCCAACACGGAAUGUCAGCAUAGAUACCAACCAGGAGGAACCAUGUCAGAAGGAGCUGUGAGGAAAAUUCAACCAUUCACCAUUGGGACCAGGCUGUCCAUCCCAUCUGAACAUAAAUGCCAUGAUUUCACAGACACCUACCUGCCAAGGGACGAGAUUCAAAACUACGAGAGCGACCAAGCGGCUCUUUACAUGGGUCAGCCCCAGAGAGGGUUGGUGACCGCUAAACCUGCUUGUGUGGCCGACCAGGUCAACAGUUUGGAUACCCAGGAUGAGAGAGCAGAGGAGGAUAGAAACUGUAUUUCAUCCCCAGUCUGUUCAAGGUCUAUCAGAAAGAUAGCCAUCUGCAGCAAUGCUGAAGCCAUCUCUGUGUCGCCCUGUGAUUGCGACAGGGAUACUUCAGUCAAAGCAGCGGUCAACCGUAGCAACAGCAACAGUGUUGAUCCUAACCAAGCAUCCAUGGGAGAAAACUUGAGGAAAAUAUCUGAUCCUCAGUUGAAGGUAGACACGUGGUUCAAGAGGAACCUGGAGUAUGGAUGCAACGUACUGGGAUCUCCGUCACAGGACUCAGAGGACACGUUACCCAACCAACAGCGAGAUCUUAAAGACAUCGAAAACUCCCUCAUCCAGCUGACAAGAAGUCUGGAUGUGAAUCAGGAUGAAAAAAAAUGCAAAGCAACAUAUGUGGACACAGACCAACGGCGAGACAAGCAGGAGAAAAUUGGACAAAGAGAGAGAAAAAAUAUUCCCUCUAGAGAGAAGACCAUUACACAAACAUGGCUGAGGUUACAGACACUCUUAAGAAACUACCACCAAGACCUCAAGCUGGCUCUUGAUGUCUCCUCAUUCUACCAACAAGCAGAUAACAUCAUCUGUGCCAUGCAUGGGAAGAGAGGUCACCUCUCUGGGUCGAAGGAUCAAAGAACCAGCGGAUACACAGAAGUCAAAGAUAUCGAGAGUCAAAUUAUGAUGCUGGAUGAGACGGCUUCGCGGCUGUCCGACCUCCACCCUACCCUAGCUGCCAGAGUGACACGGAAGCAGGCCGAAGUACAGGAAAGUUGGGGCCUUCUCCAAGAGGAAAGCAGGAACAUAAAACCAGACCAGUCAACUACCCAUACCAUAGGCCUCUCUUGUAAUGACAUUGGUUCUUCGACUCAAACAAGAGAAGUGCAAAGUACUGAGGAACAUGAAGCCCACAAAAUUAUGGGAAAGAACAUCAAGGAGGAACAGAAUCGCCUGAAAGAAUUUCAAGUGAUGCAAGUCAUUGAAAUUCAUGAUAAGUCAACGCCUGAUGAAAAAAACAGAAGUCCUCACAACAACUAUACCUACGCUACAUGUGACUGCACUAGUAAUUUAGAUGGUCAAAUAGGAGAACCACUUUCAAGAGAAAGAAAGGAACACACAGCCCAUUCAAGCACAUGUCCUCAGAGGCACCGACCUGAGCUUGGGAUCCUUUUUCAGGACUCUACAAUAUCGGCUGAUAAGACACUCUUAUGGUUGAAAGACAACGUUGCCAUGGAACUUCCCCAUCAAAACACUGAUGGUGUAGAUGCGGAGAUGAUAAAAAAACAGACAGAAACUAUUAACAAAGUUGACGCAAUCUCCAAGAGGCCUAAAUGUUGUCAAUCCAAGAGUGAGGAGGCAUGUGAAUUCCAUACUCAGCAUCAAAGUAACGUAGACAUGAAGGACCGCCUUCGGCAGGUUGAGAAGUUGUGGGAAGUGCUUAGAAGAGCGAGCAUGAUUGACACGGACAGCUUUGACACACACAACUUACAGGACACAUGGAAAGACCAACUUGAGCCAUGUCUGUCAGGGUGCCAAGAACCAGUGGAUGAUGUGAAGCCCUGCAUCAUUCCAGGAGUCAAAAGCCUUUCAGCAACCUUGGAGGAUUGUAAAACUGGGAUGAUGACAGAACUGCAGAGAUGCCUCGAACAAGACAAAUUCAAUUACCAGAUCCCUACUAAGUCAACAAGUGAUGCUGAAGAUGUGGGUAACCCUAUGGAGGAGUUACUUGGGGUUCUGGAGGACCUCAGUGAAGCAAUGAAUGAAAGAGAACACUCCCUCUAUCAACAUCCAAACAAUCCAGAACUAAUAUGCCAGAAUUCUACGCAAACGCUGCACAUCAACCAACUUCUGUCCAGGUGUGCAGAACUUAGUAUGGACAUUUUGGACGCCGAGACUGAUAUGGCGGUUCGAUGUGAACCUGAUAACUCUGGACUGGAAGGACUUCAGGAACAACAGGAGGAAUUGGAGAUGGGCUAUCGGAUUAUCAAAGAAGAGGUGGUGGAGAUGGAGAGACUGACCUCCCACGUACUGGCGGUCUUAUCUGAGAAAGCCAUAGGUACGUGGGAAAAUGUCCAGACCACCCUGCAAUCUUUGGAGGAGCUUACCAGGAGCAUGGCAGAGAACCAAAGCCGUCUUCAACAAUUUAGUGAACUGCAAGACUUUUUGAGAACCUACCUAGCUAUAAUUUCCUGGACCGAUGAAACGUGCACUUGUAUAUUCUCCGAUGCUUUGGCAAAUCAGGAUAAACUUCAUGAGUUGACAAAGUCAUCUGAACUAGACCUCAAAAUCCAACAGAAGUUUGAAGAGUUUGAUGCAUUUGCUGCAGCCGGGCAGAAGCUUAUAGCAGAGGGGCACCACCUGACAAACAUUAUAAAUGAGAGAACUGAUGAAUUGCAAAGUAUGCUGGGGUGGAUGCUGGCGCACUGGAAGGUGAAGAAAGACCAGUUGAAUCAGGAGAAACCUGAAGAACUAAUAAAGGAUAUUUCUCUACCUGGCACAUGGAUGCUAUCGACACGUCAGCCCCAGUGUCCUCAUCCUGGGAUAGACAUCAGUAAACAUUCCAAAAGCUUGCUCUUAAAACAUAGGCAGGGGGCUGCGAAGAUCCACAUUGAUGGACCCAAAGCGGAACCAGAGAGCAGUCAUCAAGGACAAAGUGUCAAUGUCUCUAAGUACAUUUCUCACCAGGGCUCUGUAGACGUGGUAGCCGUAUCACCCAGUCUUGUUCUUGAGGAUCCCCAUACUGCUAUUACACCUCUAGGGGGCAGCAUCAACCUCAUCCUCAGUUUUGACCAACCAACACCAGUGCCCAGUCAGCCACAGGGUUCUCAAGAGCAGAAAGAGACAUUUGAAACUGUGCACAGGGUGAGCACCUAUUUGCAGGUAACAGAUGGAAACAAAGUGACAAGUCUAAUGAACAAAGAAGUUAAAUCAGCAACAACUGCAGGGACUACCCUUCAGUCAGCCAGCCAUCAAAUUAGCUCAACCACUGCAACGUACAUACAAAAACUCAGCACUGUUGCACUCCCUUCCAGAACCAAGACCAGGUCCGACUCCAUUCUUAGCCUGAACAGGGCAAUGAAGAGAAGGAAAAAAACAACACACAGACACACUGUCACUGGUGUCGUCGGAAUGGACAAGCUCGAUGGCACGUUCACUAUGCCUACUGGUGCCCCACACAGAGCCAACACCUGGCCCCUUGAGGCAAAGCAUGAAGAGCAUGCUACCCCUAAAAGUCCAGUCAAUACAGAACUUCAGCUGUAUAUAAAAAAUAAUUCAGUUGUCACCAUUGCAGAUACCAAAUCUUCACGGACAUCAAACGUUCCUUCUUUCCAAGUGCACUGUGUCAAGCCCUCUAAAUUUACAGAUGGAUGUGAAAGGAGCCCGUACACCAUCGCUCUAGGGUCGAUGUUGAGUUUGGACUUGCCUAAGAAUUGGGAGCACAAGUCAGACAUGAGUUACAUAGACAACACAAUUCAGAGUGGAAACACUGACGUGAAGUUUGAUAGUCCCAAGAAUCAGCUGUUGAAUUCAUACAGACUGCCAUGUUUAACUAGUGUAUCGUCUAAAAUCAUUGACCUUCAGACUGUCACCCACAGUCUAGAGGAGGAACCGGAGAAGAAGGAUAUGGAGAAUGUCAACUCAGAAACUGUCUCUUUUCAGUGUUUGCUUCCCCUUGCGAAAGACUUACAGUGUGACCACAGCAUGAGCAUAAGAAGUCUUGAGAGCUCUGUCACGCUAAAAGGAAUCCCCACCGACUCCACUGGCAUUAAAGAGGAAACUGAGGAGGACCAUGACAAACCAGAAGUCCGAUAUGUGUCUCAUGAACAAUGCACUGAACUCAACCGCUUCCCCAUCAUUAUUUCACAUGAUCACCCUUGCACUGAACCGUCACACAAUCCCCACAAAUGUUUAAGCGUUCAUACAAAGAUCCGGGACCUGAAUGGCCACAUAUACCGUCCGUUUACAAAGCAGCAGUUCACUAGUCAAAAUGACCUUAUUGUUCAAGAAGUCAAGGGCUUUACUACUGGUUCUGGAGUUUUCAAGAGCCAGGGUAUAAACAGAUCGGAGCAGCUCAUUGUCUGCACUGAGAAAAACUGUUGCGUGUGUUCUGAACAUCUUGUGUCCAGCACCGCCCUGGGAAAGGAAACCUCACCCAGCAGCUCUACGGGAAGAGCAUCAGAUCCCGUCCAUCCAGACCACUGGCAGUUCGAGGAAGAGGAAGAGGAACUGCAGGAUAUCUGGAGUGGCAUGGACAGAGAAAGGAGUCCGUACAGCGUUCCACAGAUGUGAGGAGACACUCAUGCCUGCUGGAGAAACAUGACCUCUCUCCUUGUCCAUAUUUCAGCCAUUCAAAUAUAAAUUGGCCCUCUAUCAUUGUUCUUGGGCAAUGAAUACCUACAGCAUCUUGGUGAAUGGACAUUCUGAAAAGGUGGAGGACAGUCUCUUUCCCAUGCUUACACCAUGAUAAAGAGCAAUUUGUCAUCACAGCAGGAUUACAUUUUAUUGACCUAUUAUAACUUGUUGCAGGCAUUUUGUAAUUAACUGUUUUUUGUACAGCUGCCACGGUGUAGUUCUAUUUCAAAACACAAUAGUGCAGUAGGAAGUAUUAUUGAUAAUGUUCAAUGAGAGUCAUAUCAGAAAUCUAUUGAAUGUAAUCAAAUGCCUUUUCCUCUCUUGGAAAUACUUUUCUGUGGAUUCCAAUAACCAAUACUUGUAGAAAUGUAGCAGCACUGACCUUUGCAGUUAUUAUUUGGCUACUGUCUCUUAGCAACAUAUCUGUUAACUAGCAUUUGUCUGAAUAGAUGAUGAGUCGAGAUGACCCAUACUGCCCUCUACCCUUGACACAUUGAAUCAACUAUAAUACUUGUCUGUCAUUUUUAUGACUAUUCUUCUAACAAUCUGUGUAUGUAGCACACAGUUUUUUUUAAGUUCUGUGUUUGCACUCAAAGAAUCCAAAGUUGAAGCUAUCUAUUAUAGUUUGCUGUAGAUACAUACACUUUUCACAAACGACACAUCUAAAGAUAUCAGUGCUGUCAUUUUCAAGUCAAUAAAACCUUGCCUGUUCUUUUAGGAUAUAAAAUAAAAUAAACUUGUUUCAGGAAAAAUAUACACAAUACUAAAUCAAUAAAUAUGGUACCAGUUCUUUUCACCCAUCCAAUAUUCUUAGAUUUGUUUUACAAACAGGCUACACCCACACUUAAUGUGAACAGCACCUUUUUGAUUAUCAUGAUAUCUGUCUUAUUGAACACUGUUGUUGUAUGUGCUGUGGGUCCAUGUAAUUGCAGGCACUGUCCAGUUAGGGACACUAAAGCACCGCUUUAAAAUGUCCUGAUUAGAUCACAUAACAUUAGACAUGUUAUUGUAAACUUGAUUGACAAGAAUAAAGUGAGAGUUCACUGAUGCAUACUUAAUAUAAAUACUUUAUAUGUUUUAUUAUUAUAAAAGAUU